UCUUUCAGAAUUUGUCGUAAAACUCUUUUCAUUUAUCUUCAGAGGAAUCAUCGUGAUAACUCAUCAGUUAUUCUUCAUGUGUGUGUGUGUGUGUAGGUUUAGUUUAGUUUAGUCUUUAUUUGUCUCUCAGUGUUUUUGAGGCGGUGGCUGAGAUCUCAAACACUGAAGACUUGAAUAAACUCUUGAAUCACUUUACUGAUCAUCUUUAGUAACAACAUGAAGACGAUCUCUUUACUCUUUAUCAUCUCUUUAUCAUCAACGGUGUUUGUGUCUUCAGGUGUGUUUGGUGAUGAGACUGAGAGAGUGUCAGUGAAUGAUGGAGAAUCUGUGACUCUACACACUCAUGUUACUGAACUACAUAAAGAUGAUCUGAUAGUGUGGAGGUUUAAUGGCUCUCGCAUAGCUGUGCAUCGCAUCAACGGACCGUUCUACAGAUACAGGGGACAGCAGGUCUACAACAACAUUGAUCCAUUUUAUGACUCUGAUGAGAGAUUUACUGACAGACUGAAGAUGAAUCCUCAGACUGGAGAUCUCACCAUCACACACAUCACAUCUAAACUCACUGGAGAUUAUCAACUACAGGAAACAGGACAAAAUUAUUUUUCAUCUUCUAGUUUCAGUGUCAGUUUGUCUCCUAAACUGAAGAUAGUGAAAGAGAGAGAUUCUGUCUCUCUACACAUUGAUGUUACUGAAGAACAGAGAAAUGAUAAGAUACACUGGAAGAUCAAACACAACAACUCUCCUGUAGCUGAAAUCAUUACAGAGAAUAGAAAGAUCUCAACACCUUUUAUUGAAGAGAGAUUCAGAGACAGACUGAAGCUGGAUGAUCAGACUGGAGAUCUCAUCAUCACACACAUGAAGAAUGAAGACUCUGGAGAGUAUAAAGCAGAUGUCACCAUCGGACACACACACACUAUACACAAGACAUUCAGUUUCACUGACUCAGGUGUGUUUGAUGAUGAGACUGAUACAGUGUCAGUGAAUGAUGGAGGAUCUGUGACUCUACACACUCAUCUUACUGAACUGAAGGGAGAUGAUGUGAUAGCGUGGAGGUUUAAAGGCGAUCGCAUAGCUAGAAUCAUCAGAGCGGUCAACAGUGAUCCAGUUUAUGAGCCUGAUGAGAGAUUUACUGACAGACUGAAGAUGAACCCUCAGACUGGAGAUCUCACCAUCACAAACAUCACAUCUGAACUCACUGGAGAAUAUCAACUAGAGAUCAUCAACAGAUGGACAGAAACAAUGUAUCAAACAUUCAGUGUCAGUUUGUCUCCUAAAGUGAAGAUGGUGAAAGAGAGAGAUUCUGUCUCUCUACACAUUGAUGUUACUGAAAAACAGAGAAAUGAGAAGAUACACUGGAAGAUCAAACACAACAACUCUCUUGUAGCUGAAAUCAUUACAGAGAAUAGAAAGAUCUCAACACCUUUUAUUGAAGAGAGAUUCAGAGACAGACUGAAGCUGGAUGAUCAGACUGGAGAUCUCAUCAUCACACACAUGAAGAAUGAAGACUCUGGACAGUAUGAAGCAGAUGUCACCAUCGGCAGCAUCACACACACUAUACACGAGACAUUCAGUUUCACUGACUCAGGUGUGUUUUAUAAGAGAGUGUCAGUGAAUGAUGGAGGAUCUGUGACUCUACACAAUCAUCUCACUAAACUACAGACAGAUCAUCUGAUAGUCUGGUGGUUUAAAGGCGAUCUCAUAGCUAAAAUCGACAGAGCGGUCAAGAGUGAUCCAGUUUAUGACCCUGAUGAGAGAUUUACUGACAGACUGAAGAUGAAUCCUCAGACUGGAGAUCUCACCAUCACAAACAUCACAUCUGAACUCACUGGACUUUAUAAACUAGAGAUCAUCAACAGACAGACGGAAACGAUGUUUCAAACAUUCAGUGUCAGUUUGUUUCCCAAAGUGAAGAAAGUGAAAGAGAGAGAUUCUGUCUCUCUACACAUUGGUAUUCCUGAAGAACAGAGAAAUGAGAAGAUACACUGGAAGAUCAAACACAACAACUCUCUUGUAGCUGAAAUCAUUACAGAGAAUAGAAAGAUCUCAACACCUUUUAUUGAAGAGAGAUUCAGAGACAGACUGAAGCUGGAUGAUCAGACUGGAGAUCUCAUCAUCACACACAUGAAGAAUGAAGACUCUGGACAGUAUGAAGUAAAUGUCACCAUCGGCAGCAUCACACACACUAUACACAAGACAUUCAGUUUCACUGACUCAGAGUCAGUGAAUGAUGGAGGAUCUGUUACUCUACACAAUCAUCUUACUAAACUACAUACAGAUGAUCUGAUAGUGUGGAUGUUUAAAGACCGUCACAUAGCUAAUGUCAACAGAGCGGUCAACAGAGAUCCAGUUUAUGAGCCUGAUGUGAGAUUUACUGACAGACUGAAGAUGAAUCCUCAGACUGGAGAUCUCACCAUCACACACAUCACUUCUGAACUCACUGGACUUUAUCAACUAGACAUCAUCAGAGAAAAGACAGAAACAAUGUUUCAAACAUUCAAUGUCAGUUUGUCUCCUAAAGUGAAGAUGGUGAAAGAGAGAGAUUAUGUCUCUCUACACAUUGAUGUUACUGAAGAACAGAGAAAUGAGAAGAUACACUGGAAGAUCAAACACAACAACUCUCUUGUAGCUGAAAUCAUUACAGAGAAUAGAAAGAUCUCAACACCUUUUAUUGAAGAGAGAUUCAGAGACAGACUGAAGCUGGAUGAUCAGACUGGAGAUCUCAUCAUCACACACAUGAAGAAUGAAGACUCUGGACAGUAUGAAGUAAAUGUCAACAUCGGCAGCAUCACACACACUAUACACGAGACAUUCAGUUUCACUGACUCAGGUCAGUCUUCAGGUGUGAUAGCAGGAAUAUGUGUUGCUCUUCUCUUCCUGGUUAUGGCUGCUGCUGCUGCUGGUGUUGUGAUCUACCGUCACCUCAAAAUGAGACAUCAAGAUUCCAACACAAGAGAAGAGUCAGUGGAGAAAAAUGAGCCUUUGAGGAAUGGAGACGCCAGCAAUGGUGAUGUGCCUCCAGUGUAACAUGAUGAACAUUACAAACACAUCACAAUAACACAAAUUAGAGAAGCUCAAAGGAAAAGAAGAGUCAGAGCUCCCACUGAAGAGCUUCCAGGGCGAUGAGGAUCUAAAUCAUCUCGCAUUUCCUUUUUCUACUUUCCUUGACCAUGUGACUAAAGCUAACAUGACACAUUAAAAUUGACCAAUCAGGAGACCAUCUUGAGCACUCACUGUAGCGGUUGAUCACCACCAGCACCCCUAUCGUCUUUAGAACUCCACCUGGUGCCUUUUGGGCCGAAAAUGGAUGUUGAGACACUUCCUGUUAUUUUUUCAACCCUACCAGCGAAAGGUUUCUCUUUGAUUUGCCGACAACAUCAACAUUCUUUCAAUAGAGUUGAAUUACAUUCAAGUAAAUCAUCAGUAAAUAUCAGAUUUCAUAUCUGUUACCUGUAGACAUUGGAUGUAAUGUUUAUGACCUUAUACUCACACCUGCAAACCUGAUAUUUGACAUUGUUGAGCAGUGAAAAUAAUACACACCCUGAACGGACACACGUUGAGAUUCACUAGAAAGAGAUGUAGAGCUAGAAAUCAGACUUUGACCCAUCAGUGUUACUUUGACUUUAAUAUUCUGUCAUACAGCUUUGAUUUAUCUGAAGCUUCUGUUGCAGAAAGCUUUUAUUAUUUUAAUCUUACUUAAAAGUUUGCCGUUGGUUUAUUGUAAACUUUUAUUUUUGGUUUAAUUGAGCCACAAUUGCUUCAUUAAAUAACAUUUCAAAUACAUGUUCUAUAUAUAAUUUUCUCUAUUGAACGGCUUUCUGUCAGAGUGUAAUGUUAUAUCUAACAUCUUAAAUGAGUUUUCAUUGCGAUUUAGUUCUUAUAUACAUCUUUAAAGUAUAUUAUACAAAGUUCUCUGUGUCUUUCAACUUUCUAAACGAUAUCACAGCUUUAAAGCACUUGACGUAAUCCUGCUAAUAGACUAACUCAGAAAUAUAUCUACAUUUACCAUGAGAUGUUACAAUUUAAUUUCUUAAAAUGAGUCCCUUCAUCUCUGCUUGCACUAAUGAACUAUGGCACUGUUUGCACUUGGUUAUAUAUUGAACUGUGUCAAAUUAAAGUCUUGCUACCCAGUACUUUCUUAGGGAAGAACACUAUAGGAACACAUACGUACCGUAAAAUAAAGUGCAACCGACAAUUACUUUUGUUUAAAUCAAAGACUGGACGUAGUGUCUGUGACUUCACCUGUAUGUUUCUGGGGAGCUGUUUUAACAGCGUGACACCCCUGAAAUGGGCAAAGAGGCAGAACAUGGUUGGAACUGACGUGCCUGCUUUGGUCCAAACGCGCUGGAGAUGCACAAAGGUGCGCACGACAUGCAACUCUCAUCAUCUGUGAUAGUGACAUACAAGCUGUUAUCAAGAUGUUGAAUGACUCUCAGACAAUCCAAAUGUAAUUCCUGUCCCCCAAAAACCUACAGGCCUAUAUGCGUCAUGAGACGUCUCCAAAUAUAAGUGCUUCCAACACAAGCGACUGCACAAUAACAGUAUGAAGAAAACUCUUGUAUAAUAAAUGACCAGAAAUCAUGUUUUUUUUUAUCAUGUUAUCAUGUUUUUAUUGUGUGUUAGUGUGUUAGUUAGCUGUAUUUUGUUUUUGUUAUUAUGU